CUGGGCCAAGGCAAUCUAAGCAGCCCAGCUCUGCUGCCCAUUCAGAGGACACUGGUCCAGUCCCUGGAAAAGACGCCUACUUGGUACGAUAAGGUCACUGAGCAUUUUCUUAAAAAGGAACGAAGGGCCAAAUGUAUGUUUGAAUAACUCGACAAUUUUUAUAUUUUUUAUUUAUGUAUUUAUUUAUGUAUUUAUUUAUUUAUUUAGAUGUAAGCCGACAAUGAGCUUCCCCUGUCUGAAAGACGAGCAGCCGCCACUGCAACACACCACAGUUCCCAGCAGCACCAACACUGUCUCACUGGUGAAAUAAGCAAACAAAGACUUUGCCCUCCGUCUGUACACAAACUUAGCAAACCAUGCUGAUUCACAAGGCAAGAAUAUCUUCUUCUCACCCUUAAGUGUGUCUGUAGCCUUGGCUGCCCUGUCCGUCGGAGCACAAGGUGAAACCCAUGAGCAGCUUUUCACUGGUCUGGGUUUCAACAGCUCUCUGCUGACCCAGACAGAUGUAGAUCAGGCCUUUCAUUCACUUCUGAACAACAAUGGAUCCCAAGAAGAUGCCAGUCAAGGCACCGCUGUGUUUGUGGAUGACCAAUUCAAGACUCAGCCUGAGUUCCUGGAUGUCUUGAAGCGGUCCUACUUUGCAGAUGGGUUCACUGUUGACUUCAACCAGAGCACAGAAAGUGCAAACACCAUCAAUAAGUAUGUGGAGGAGAAGACCCACGGUAAGAUAGACAAGAUGGUUGAAAGCCUGGAUGAAGACACAGUCAUGUAUCUCCUCAGCUACAUCUACUACAAAGGAAAGUGGGCAUCACAGUUUGACCCUCAGCUCACCAAGGAAGAUGAAUUCACAGUUAAUGAGAACACCAAGGUUUCAGUGCAGAUGAUGAAUAAGGAGGACGGGUUUGAUACCAGCUAUGAUCAAGAAAUCAACACCAACGUCCUCCACCUUCAUUUCACCAACUCCUAUUCCAUGUUGUUGUUGUUGCCCGAUGACAUGGCCACACUGGAGAGAGUCAUUAGCCCAAGUCAUGUCCACAAAUGGCUCAAUGAGAGGUUUUCCCAGGAAAUCAAUAUCUUCAUUCCAAAGUUUUCCAUCAAGACUUCCUACUCCCUGAAGGAUGUGUUGAGGCAAAUGGGGAUGACAGACAUGUUUAGUCGUCAGGCAGAUCUGAGUGGGAUUUCAGAAAGACAGAAGUUGUUUGUUUCAGAGGUUGUGCAUCAAGCUUCUCUGGAUAUUGAUGAGGUUGGAGGCAGCGCUGCAGCUGCCACAGGUGCUGUAUUUCAAUUUCUGAGCGACCCUCCCUAUAUCCCCGUCUUGAAGUUCGACCGUCCUUUUAUGGUCCUCAUCAUUGAACGCAACACAGCAGACAUCCUGUUUAUGGGCAAGAUAACCAACCCAACCAUCUGA